CACACAAAUGGCCUCCCUGAUCAGUUAUACACUUCUUUGAGCAUGGAUUUUGAGCAUGAUCUAGCUGACGAGCAUUUGCUCAGUAAACGUCUUCACGAAACGACUCAAAACAACAACGAAUGCUUCAAUAAGUUAAUCAGGGAUUGUUGUUCAAAAGGGUAUUUUGUUGAAAAA